UCACUCCAACUUCCCCUAUGUUUCGGUUAAAUUCAAAUAUUUUAUCUUCUCUUUCUCAAUGUCAACAACUCGCAGUUUUGUCAAUUAGAGGAAUUGCUCGUAUUCCCCAUUGGGAAUACCACAUUCGGUUUGACCCCAAAGUAGGACGCAAACGACCAGCACAGGAUGUUCUUGAUCGUUUCAGGCGUUUAAAUAACGGUAUGUGGAUUAGGGCUAGAGCUGGACGUAAUCAUGCAAAUUAUAUGAAAGAGGAUCUAAACCAAAUGGUUGCAAUGCAAUGGGAGACAUGCACCAAAUCUGAGUGUCAUAUGCUUGAUAAGAUGAUGACUCCCUUCUGGCUUCGACAACGCCACUAUGUCAACGACGACCUCGAACCUUUUCAUACCCGUUAUGGAAUUACUGGCCCCCGUGUUAACUGCAAGAAAAAAUUGACUCGGGAACGUCCCAAAAUUUUGUUGGAUGAUUUGACUUCUGAUCGUUUCUUUGAUAGAUUGCCUGCUUCAAUGACAAAAUCAAAAUUGGCGAUAGAUGCACAAAAGUCUGAUUUGCCAAAAUUGUUGAGGGAUGUAACUAGGAAGAGUUUGCGCCUUUUGACUGAUGGAAAUAAAUAAAUUUUAGCUUAAAUUUAAAAUUUUGUUUUAUUUUUGGAAUUCGUUUUAGGGUAGCAAUCUAGGCCUUGAGGGACGACUAGUUUUUUCAAAAUUGUUUUUUAAGAGUAGCGGCCUAGGCCUUAACGGGGAAGGACAUGUUCGAGUUCUGUUGUUUUCCUGGGACGAUUUGUCAGUGUUCUGGUUUAGUUUUCUUUACCCAAAAUGUUGUCAAUGUUUCGGAGGCUGUCUUGUUGAGAAAAAAGUGGAAUUGGGUCGGGUUUUACUACAGGCUCAUGUCAGGAUCCGGCCCAGGUCAAUAAAUCAGACUCACGAACAGGCCCAGGCUU